UCAGAUAGGAUUGGUGAUAAAAAGGGACAAAUAGAAGAAUGUGUGGCUCUCCUCCUCUCCCACCACAAAAACCCUUUCUUCCUGCUUCUUUGGAGUCGUCGUCGCCUCUGUUCAUUUUUGUGAAGCCUCUCUCUGUGGUGAUCCUAAAACCCUUUCGCUAAAAUCACAUGGCCUCCAUUUCUAGAAUUCUGCCUACUGAUGGUAGAUUAAGUCAAUGCAACAGUGGUAUCGGCGCUUCCUGGGUUCCUGCUACGAGGAGAGCUCAAUCUCACUUAGUUUCUCCCAAGUUGUUAUCGGUUAGCAAAGCUGGAAUAAGUUUGAGGAUUCAGAACAGUAAACCAUUACGCUCUGUCUUUGCUCUUGAAUCAGCUGCCUCCAGGAGCAGCCGAGUUGCUUGUAAGGCUGCUGCAGAUUUGUCGGGUGAUGUACCUGAAACUCCUAAGGAGCUUGGCCAGUACGAGAAAAUUAUUGAACUUUUAACGACCCUUUUCCCACUUUGGGUUAUUUUGGGAACACUUGUUGGCAUCUUCAAGCCAUCUUUGGUUACAUGGUUGGAAACAGACCUCUUCACUCUAGGUCUGGGAUUUCUCAUGCUUUCCAUGGGAUUAACUCUUACGUUUGAGGAUUUCAGAAGAUGUUUACGUAAUCCAUGGACGGUGGGUGUUGGUUUUCUUGCGCAAUAUUUAAUCAAACCAAUUCUAGGUUUUCUCAUCGCAAUGACUCUUAAGCUUUCGGCACCUCUUGCGACUGGUCUUAUCCUCGUCUCAUGCUGCCCUGGAGGACAGGCCUCGAACGUUGCAACCUACAUUUCCAAGGGGAAUGUAGCUCUCUCUGUACUCAUGACAACGUGUUCAACCAUUGGGGCUAUUAUAAUGACUCCUCUUCUCACUAAGCUUCUUGCUGGCCAGCUUGUUCCCGUUGAUGCUGCUGGACUUGCUGUUAGCACUUUUCAAGUAGUGUUGAUGCCUACUAUAGUUGGAGUUCUGGCCAAUGAGUUCUUUCCUAAAUUUACGUCGAAGAUUAUAACAGUGACACCUCUAAUCGGAGUCAUUCUGACCACUCUUCUUUGUGCCAGUCCUAUUGGACAAGUUUCAACGGUUUUGAGAACACAAGGAGCUCAACUUAUACUCCCGGUGGCACUACUUCAUGCCGCAGCAUUUGCUAUUGGCUAUUGGAUAUCAAAGUUUUCUUUCGGCGAGUCCACUUCUCGCACCAUUUCCAUAGAAUGUGGAAUGCAAAGUUCAGCGCUUGGGUUCUUGCUUGCCCAAAAGCAUUUCACAAACCCUCUUGUCGCUGUUCCUUCUGCGGUCAGUGUUGUCUGUAUGGCGCUUGGUGGGAGCGGCCUAGCCGUGUUUUGGAGAAACCAACCUAUUCCGGCAGAUGACAAGGAUGACUUCAAAGAGUGAAUGAAGUAGGAAAAAAACAGUACUUAUGUGUCUUCUCCAAAAAAUGGGAUUGUUGUAAUGUUUGUAAGCAUGCUCCUUUUUGUUGAACUGAAAUAGACAUUAAGAAAAGACUUGUAUUGAAAAGAUUUUGUUGAAUUGAAAUAGACAUUAAGAAAGACUUGUAUUGAAAAUACAAAAACAAGAGUGCAUGUUGAAUUUGUGGU